CAGGCUGACGGGGAAUGAACCCCUGACCAUCCUCCCUCUGACCUCAGAAAUGGAGGAAGCUGCCGUCAAAGCCCACUAUAAAGUCUGUGACCGCCUGAAGCUGGAGAAGAAGCAGCGCAGGAUGUGCCGACGGGACCCCGGCGUGGCCGAGACUCUGAUGGAGGCCAUCAGCAUGAGCGCGCUGGAGUGCCAGUACCAGUUUCGCUUUGAGCGCUGGAACUGCACCCUGGAGGGUCGCUACCGGGCCAGCUUGCUAAAGAGAGGUUUUAAGGAGACAGCCUUCUUGUACGCCAUCUCCUCUGCAGGGCUGACACACGCCAUGGCCAAGGCGUGCAGUGCGGGGCGGAUGGAGCGUUGCACCUGCGACGAGGCCCCCGACCUGGAGAACCGCGAGGCUUGGCAGUGGGGCGGCUGUGGCGACAACCUGAAGUACAGCAACAAGUUUGUCAAGGAGUUCCUGGGGAGGAAGCCCAACAAGGACCUGCGAGCCAGGGUGGACUUCCACAAUAACCUUGUGGGCAUGAAGGUCAUCAAAGCUGGAGUGGAGACAACCUGUAAAUGCCACGGUGUAUCUGGAUCCUGUACUGUCCGAACGUGCUGGAGACAGCUCUCUCCAUUCCAUGAAAUAGGGAAGCAGCUGAAGCAAAAGUAUGAGACGUCACUCAAAGUGGGCAGCACUACCAACGAGGCCACGGGGGAAGGAGACAUCUCCCCACCCAAGAAAUCCAUCCCUGGUCACAGUGAUCAAAUCCCAAGGACUACGGAUCUUGUCUACAUUGACGAUUCCCCAAGCUUCUGUAUGAUGAGUAGAUACUCACCUGGGACUUCGGGAAGGAAAUGUUACAAAGACAAGAACUGUGACAGCAUCUGCUGUGGGCGAGGGCACAAUACACAGAGCCGGGUGGUCACCCGUCCAUGCCAGUGCCAGGUCCGCUGGUGCUGCUAUGUGGAAUGCAAGCAGUGUACCCAGAGAGAAGAGGUUUACACCUGCAAAGACUGACGUGUCUUCUGCUUGAUGGCAACCCUUGGUGUGACGGGCAAUGGCGAUCUAUGAGAACUGCAUAUGGAGACAAACAGGGUUUGAUUGACCUUCUGGGAUCUGAAAGCUAUGUUGAGACAUAAGCACUUUGUAGGGUACAGGUGACCCAGCUGUGUUGCUGUUUUGUUUUUGUUUUGUUUUCCUGUAGACUGAAUUUUAAUGAGGUCCAACCAUGUGGAAAUAAGUGCCUGUCACACUGGGUUAGACACCAGUUGACCUUCACCUUAGUCGUCUACGCAGUUUGACGGAUCAUUUAUCCUUGGAACAUCUUGAUCAUUUCGCCAAUUCUCCAUGAACUCCUGAACUAGUAUAUUCUCUUUGGCAUAAAUAACCUAUAUUGUAUUCCUGAAGCUUACCCAACUGCUUAG